UUUUUCUCAGAGCCUCAGCUGAAAGGUAUUGUCACACGUCUGUAUUGUCGGCAUGGCUUCUACCUGCAGAUGUUACCCGAUGGCACCUUGGAUGGUACAAAGGACGAAAACAGCUCCUUUUUGCUGUUCAACUUGAUUCCUGUGGGUCUGAGGAUAGUCGCCAUCCAAAGCACCAAGACAAGACUCUACAUAGGCAUGAAUAGCGAGGGCUACCUCUACACAUCAGAACAUUUCACGCCAGAGUGCAAGUUUAAGGAGUGUGUGUUUGAGAACUAUUAUGUGACAUACUCCUCAAUCUUGUACCGCCAAACACAGUCGGGUCGAGCCUGGUACAUUGGCAUUAACCGGGAUGGACAGGUCAUGAAAGGAAAUCGGGUCAAAAAGACUAAAGGAGCAGCCCACUUUCUGCCCAAGCUUAUAGAGGUUGCCAUGUACAGGGAACCAUCACUACAUGACGUUGCUGAGCAAAGCCCACCUAGAAAAACGGUCAAAACGUCAGACUCCCCCGUGCAUAAAAACGGCAAGAAAGACCAAGUGCUUCCCGACCCCGCAGCCUCCUAGCAGCAGUAGAAGAAACACUUUGUUUGCACGGACACACAAUGAACGCCAACAGCAGCACAGGAGGAUUGGUACAAAUAAUGUUUGUAGUCCCUCCACCAACCCUCGGAACUUUGACAUUUCCAACCAUGCAUCAGGGCUCAGAAGACCUUUGCCAACAGGUCUAAUGCCCACCGCACUUCCUUUUGGACUCUCCUGCUCCAUAAUCAAAGGAAUACUGAGCAAUAACAAGCGCACUGGUCUGUGGUCAGAGUGUGACGCCGUCGCUUUUGUGAGAACAGCAGCACCUAAUAGAAAGGAUCUUUGUCUUCCUCUCCUUUUUUUAGUAUUUCAAGCAGAAUCACUUCUUCUUGUGAAGCAAUUUGUGCUUGACAUUUAAAUCCUCCAUUUCCUUUGUUCAAGCAUUCAUAGAUUCCACAAAAAUCUUUGUGGAAUUGCAAACCUUUUUCUGCUCAUCGGCUCCUGCGCUGAUGAGUCUGCAGAGGGUGGACAUGUCAGUGUGUGUGUGUGUGUGUGUCUGCGGUGAACAGUAAUACAACAUAAUUUGUAAAAUGGCUCAUAACAGAGGGAGUAGGUGUUUCUUUUUGUUCUGAUAAGUCAUUGCUUUUCUCAUUGCAAUAUUCCCAGAUAGCAAUAUCGGUACAGCUGCACUCUUUCUUCUCUCUUUUUAGCAUGUGUGUUACUUUAGAGCAAGUAGAUGUGCUGACUACUGAGGGUGCAAGUUCCCUAAAGUUCAUGUCCCUACAUUCAGUUUUAUUCAAUUACAUUUGCCUGAGAGCAAAGGCACUUUACUCAGUCAAAUGAAACAACACAAGUGCUGAAAAAGUCCAUUUCUGCUUUUCUCUCUUUUGAUUAAAUUGGGGAAUUGGACCCAAAAGGAAUCAUUUUGGGAACCCAUGUGCAGAGUCCAAACAGACCUGUAACUUCUGACCUCAAGCUUUAUUUGAGGUGUUGAGAAUAUCAGUAUGCAAAUGAAAUUGUGUUUUAAGUGCUUCGCGGUACCUGGUGACACGUCGCACUUAUGCCUUUGCAGUUAUAUUAUUUACAUGCAUAUCACCUACAUUAUGGAAGUACGAUUUAAUAAUACACUACCGGUCAAAUAUUUGGGGUUGGUAAGAUUUUUUUUUAUGUUCUUGAAAGAAGUCUCUUCCGCUCACCAAUGCAUUAAUUUAAUAAAGUAUACAGUAUAGUGUACAGUAAUAUACUACAAAUUCAAAAUAUUUAAAUUUAAAAUAUAAAUUAUUCCUGCAGCCAUUACUCCAGCCUUCAUUGUUUCAUCCAGUCACAUGAUCCUUUCAGAAAUCAUUCUAAUAUGUUCAUUUGGUUUACAAAAACAAACAAACAAAACAUUCUAAACAUUAUUAACCAUGUUGAGAAAACCUGUGCUGCUUAAUAAUUUGCUGCUUAAUAUCAUGCUACACUUUUUUAGGAGUCUUUGAUUAAUGGAAAAUUCUAAAGAAUAGUAUUUUUAUAGUAGUGUCUUUUUGUAUUUUAUAGUAGGGGUAGCGGGGUAUAAAGGUCUUUAUUGUCACUUUUAAUUAGUUUAAUGCUUCCUUGUUGUAUACAAGUAUUAAUUUCUUUUAAAAUAUAUAUCUUACUGACCCCAAACCUUUAAAUGGUAAUGUGUAUAAUAUAUAUAAUAUAAUUUUGGAGGUAGAAAAUGUUCCCGAUUUAAAUGCAUAAUUAUUAGGGUCCCUUGUAGACAGUAUUUUAGCUGGCUUAUGAUUUUUAGUCUAAUGUUUUUUGGCUCUAUUAUUAGUUAUAUCAGAGCACAUUCCCUUGUUGGUUAUAUCUUCACUGUGAUUUCAAGUGCAAAGCUUAAACAAAAUGCAAAAAAUCUAACUUUUUCCCUUCUGAGUUGAAUAAUUUCUCAUACCGUGCACCUGGUGUUGAGGAAAUGAUGUCUGUGAUAAUUAUAGCUUCAGUCCCCUGCAGCAAUGCAUUAUUGGGAGAAACAAAGUUAUUAAGACCAAAGUGGAAAUAACUAAAGAAAUCUUAGACUUUUGGACUUUUUACUAAAUUCUUCCACAUUUAUAUCAGGUCGUCAGUCUUUCCCAGAUUACAGUUUCCCUACUGCGAAUCAAAGCAGCACCUGCAGGUAUUUCACAAUCCCUCAUUGCAGAAUGGUGUUUGUGGAUAAUGUCCCAAGCAGAUUGUUUUUCAGAAGGACUGAAUCAAAAUGCUCUGCAUCUCAUAGCUUCUGGGUACACAUCAAUAAGACUACAUCUUGAUUUUUCUUCAUAAAUUAUCAGUUGUUUUGUAGUUUUGCAAAGCAGCAAUGUUCUUCUCAGACUUUUCUUAAGUCUUGCAUUGCCCAUUUCUUAUUUAAGUUUCAAUAUUAUCUGAAGGGCUAAUUACUUAAGGUAAUGCAGGUCCAGAGGCACUAUACGGCAAUAUAGUUCAACUGAAUGCCACAUUGAAACAAAAUCCAGUCGGCCAGACUGCAAAGGUUAAAUAAAUGAUAAAGGAAAUGUUGUAUGAAGUCACAGCUGUGCUUUGAUUAGCACAUUCAUUCAGUUUAAUCUCAAUUAGACCAUGAAAUUAAUAGUUACUUUAAAAUGUCUCACUUCUUCUAGCCUUCCAAACUUUUUAAAUGUCACAAUAGGACUUGUGCUAACUUACUGACUCAAUAAAAAAAGCUCUUGUAUUUGAAAGGGCUUUCUAAUCCAAAUAUGAGAUAUUACUACUGGUCUUUACUUCAAAUCUGUCUAAUUGACACUUAACUUAUGAUUAUAACAUCCUAGGGUUUGCUUUGGGUCAGUUUGAGCUGAUUGUGAAUGUGUUUCUAACAGUUCGUUGGGGGGGAGAAAAGAAAAGAAGUCCUUGUCUUUGCCUUGAUAUAUUUGGCAUGCACAUACAGUAAGCACCAGAUCGGGUGGUUUAACAAUUACUGUAAUGAAACCACUCUCUGUGCACAGCUAAGUGCUUCUCUCUCAAUUUCACUGCUAUUUUUCAGUCAUAAACAAAGAGGACAGAAGAUGAAAGCUAAGGGCUAAUGCUUUUCAGAAGAGCCAAGCCAUUAAAACACUGUACGUGUAUACAAAGAUAGAGAUGACCUUAACUGCAGUUUUCUAAAUUUGCUAAACUGAGAUUUUUGUGCAUCAUAUUCAUUUGUCUCUUCGUGUCUAUUUUUUACUUUGAAUGUCCUGGUCAUGAUGUCAGUGUUUAUGUUGUCUAUAGCUUUUGCAUAUGGCUUUCACUGCAUUCAAUAGUGAAUCUGUCUGUUCAUUGUAAUUUGAAGAAUCAUACAGGUACUUCCGCUGUUGAGUAUUUGGAGCACAGCAUCAUAAAGACAGGUGACUUACAGUGAUUAUGUUACACAUUUUACACAUUAAAUUUAUUACUAAAGCAAUAAUAUUAACAAUGCAAUUACAAAGCUAUCUGCAAAUGGUAGUAUGCAUUGGUCAUUGGUAUUAGUGCUUAAGUAAAUGAUUUAAUGUAACAUCCACACUGUGAUGCACCC